CCCCCCGCUCUCUCCCUCCCUCUCGGGUCACCACAUUUAGGGUUCAAUUCAAUCUCCUUUUUACCCACACGUAUCAAACACUAGGUUUCUAGCCCGUCAAAAAUGAUGCAACCCACCACAACCAUGGUCCAGCCGCCCUUGGCCCCACCACCUCAAUACCAACAACAACAAGCCCCCCAUCAGUGGAUGGCACAGCAACAGCAAUACCAGGUUCCCCCACCGCAACAGCCGCCGGCAGGAGCGGGUGCUGUGUAUUACUACCAGCAACCACCUUCGGUGGCACCGCCGUCGACCGCCCCACCUCAACAGCAGCAGUCACAGCCUCAGCAUUACACUGCUCAACCUACUGCCGAUGACGGGAUCCGCAGCCUCUGGAUCGGAGAUCUGCAGUAUUGGAUGGAUGAGCAGUACAUACUUAACAUUUUUGCCUCUGCAGGCGAGGUGGUAUCUGUUAAGGUCAUCCGAAACAAGCAAACUAGUCAGUCAGAAGGAUAUGGCUUUCUUGAGUUCGUUAGUCACGCAGCUGCAGAAAGGAAUCUGCACACCUUUAAUGGCACCUUAAUGCCAAAUGCUGAGCAACCUUUCAGACUUAACUGGGCAUCUAUGGGUGCUGGUGAAAAGCGUGACGAUACUCCUGAAUACACUAUAUUUGUUGGUGAUUUGGCUGCUGAUGUUACUGAUUACAUGCUUCAAGAAACAUUUCGGGCCAAUUAUUCUUCUGUGAAGGGCGCAAAGGUUGUAACUGACAGGCUAACUGGACGCACAAAGGGCUAUGGAUUUGUUAGGUUUGCUGACGAAGGUGAACAAUUGCGCGCGAUGACAGAGAUGAAUGGAAGUUUUUGUUCAACCAGGCCCAUGCGAAUUGGCCCAGCUGCUAACAAACAAACAGCUAGUGGCCAGAUCAAAGCUUCCUACCAGACUUCUCAAGGAACUCAGAGUGAGGAUGAUCUGGCAAACACAACUAUAUUUGUUGGUAAUUUGGAUUCAAAUGUUACAGAUGAACAUCUAAGGCAGGUUUUUGGACAAUAUGGACAAUUGCUUCAUGUGAAAAUACCAAUGGGUAAGCGAUGUGGAUUUGUGCAAUUUGCGGACAGAAGUUGCGCUGAGGAAGCUCUAAGGAUGUUAAACGGAACCCAGUUGGGAGGUCAAAGCAUUCGACUCUCAUGGGGCCGUAGUCCUUCCAAUAGACAGGUUCCUCAGGCUGAUCAAAACCAGUGGAAUGGUGGUGGUGGUGGUGGUGGUGGAUAUUAUGGAUAUGCUCCUGGGUAUGAAACAUAUGGAUAUGCUCCACCAGCGCAGGAUCCGAAUUUAUACUAUGCAGGCUACCCUGGAUAUGGAAAUUACGCACCACCACAACAGCAGCAGCAGCAGCCUCAGUGAUUGGCCAGCAUCAAAUGGAAUACCUAGCUUCUGAAAGUGGCAGUGAAUAUCUCGCUGAGCUCUUAAUUUAUUCUGGUGUAGUACUGGCUGUUAUUGAGGCCUUGAAACUUCUCUUUGGUUUGAUUGCUGUUUAGGAUUUCGGAUAUAGUUUUCAGUUGAACUGAACUUUUCUUCAACCCCCCCCCCCCCCCC